AUGUACGUUUGCAUUUGCUGUGGAGCUGAGGUCGAAAAAAUUUACACUCAAUACUCCAAGGAGAUAAUAAAUUUUCAAUUAUGUAAAAUCUGUGGUCGAAUUGUAGAUAAAUAUGUUGAAUAUGAUUUUACAAUUGUGGCAAUAGAUUUACUAGUUUGCAAAAUCGAGGCUUAUCGGCAUAUUCUUCGAAAUAUUGAAAUUCCUCGGCUCUUUCAUCUUUUACUCCUUAGCUGUCUUCUCUGUGGAUUUCUUGGUUGGAUAUGCACCGAAAACUUUGAUAAUUUUGACGUUAACAUUAUUAAUGCCACUGUGAAUUCGGAUUUGUAUUCCUCUAUUCUUUUAAAAACAUUAGUCACUGCUUUAUCCGGUUUCUUAUUAUACUCAUUUGGUUAUAUAUUUGGCCUAAACAUAUCAGUAAUUGGAAUCGUGAAGUUACUUGUCUUAACAAACCUAUGUUCAUUAAUAGGUCUUUUAAUGUACCCGUGGAAAAAUAUCCUUCUCGAUUUUCUUCCCUACACUUCUGUUUAUUUUUCCCCAAUUCUUACAUUUGUUUGUACAUUGCCAACUACUAUCCCCUCCUUCAGAGCUCUUACAAAUGCUUCUUAUACACUUUCACUAAUAAUACCUCUUAUCUCAUGUAGCCUUGUCUUUGUUAUUGAAAGUUCAGUUAUUAAAGAUCGUCCUUUCUAA